CUUCUUCUUCUUCUACUGCUACUUCUCCAAAUUUUUAUUCCUUCAUUUCUUUCAUUCUAAGGCCGCCCACAAACAAAUUUAAGAAUUUUUCAAGAGUUUAUUUAAUAAAGUUUGUUUCUUUAGUAGAACAGAGACAUAGAACAAGAAUUUGAAUUGAACCAAGAAAUUAUGAACCAGAAUCAGAACCAGAAGGCUAAUGUUUCUAAAGAGCUUAAUGUUAAGCAUAGAAAGAUCUUGGAAGGUCUCGUUAAAUUACCAGAAAAUAGGGAGUGCGCUGAUUGCAAAACCAAAGGUCCACGAUGGGCUAGUGUAAAUCUCGGAAUCUUCAUUUGCAUGCAGUGCUCGGGGGUACAUAGAAGUCUUGGAGUACACAUAUCAAAGGUAAGAUCUGCCACUUUAGACACAUGGCUACCGGAGCAAAUUGCUUUUAUCCAAACUAUGGGGAAUGAGAAGUCGAAUAGCUAUUGGGAAGCAGAGUUGCCUCAUAAUUACGAUAGAGUUGGAAUUGAAAAUUUCAUUCGUGCAAAGUACGUAGAUAAGAGAUGGGUUCCUAGGGAGGGUAAAGCAACUUCACCGUCAAGGAUGAGUGUUGAGAAGGCUGCAGUUUAUAAACCAGGACCAGAGAGUACAAAUAAUAAACAAAUGAAUAGCGUUAGCAAUGCUUCCGAGGUGAAGAAAAGCACCUCUCCACCCAUUACGAAGAACAACAACCCUCCUAAAAUUAGUACUCCACAAUUUGUUACAACGUCCCAACAGGUCAAAGUUGACCCAAAACCGCAAGAACCUGUACAGAAAUUAGAACCAGCAGUCACAAAUGCCGAGUUGGUAAAGGAGGAGAAAAUAACACCAAUUGUCAAACCAGCGAAAGUUGAUUAUGCAACUGAGCUUUUUAACUUGCUUUGCAUGGAUGAUUCAAGCGGAACUUCCUCCAAAGCUUCCCUCGGUGAUAAUGCUUGGGUUGGUUUUCAAAAUGCCAAAGUAGAAUCAAUAUCAGGGGGAAGUGAUGCAACAAGUCUAUCUGAAAGCAGGAUAAACUCCGAACAAGAAGCUGAGAAUUUUUUCAAAGAUCCACCACCCACGGGCAAACCCAAAAGUGAUGCAAAGAAUGAUAUCAUGAAUCUCUUUGAGAAGUCCAGCACGGUGUCUCCAGUCUCUGUCCAUCAACAACAGUUUGCUAUGCCGACUCAACAGCAACAAGUUUUCAUGGCAGCUGCCGUGAAAUCUAGUGGCGGAAUCCGAGCCUUUCCUCCAAAUGUACAAAAUAUCGCUCCCAAUGGUACUUACACAUCCAGCAACAAUUGGGGCCAUCAGGUUCCUGGAAUGACGACACCAGCCACUGGCGAUGUACAAAAAUACUUUCAGAUUGGAAACAACCAGCAAUCGUAUUCAGCCGGGAACUCGGUUAAUAUUCCCGUAUCAAGCACGUAUAGGCCAGGGUCAAUGGUUCCAAAAAAUGGCGCAACAAAUAUUGGAUCGACUAUGCCACCUCCAUCAUUCCCCGUAGCUCAACCUCAACCGCAAGUAUACUAUGACUUAUCUUAUUUAACACAAGUGAUGUCUGCGAAAAGGUGAUAAAUCUGCAUAAUAACAUCAUUUAUACAAGAAGAAAUUCGGGUUUACAUAUACUGCCUUGUCAGUUUGAUUCAAUUGUUUGUAUUGAUUUGUAACGAUACCAUUAUUCAAUAAAAUAAGGCUGCGGCCAUUUUGUUUUA